GGUCGGCACUGCCCGACAGGGGGUGCCCAAGGCCUCUUCCCCGAGCUUGGGGGACGCUCAGCCUCCAGGGGGCGCCCGAGCCCACGGCCCCUCCAACACGCUCGAUCCGCUGAGUCCCGCUGCCUUUGAUCCGCUGUGCAGCCAGAGCGCGGACUGGGAUCCUGGUGAGGGUUAGCGCUUGGAGUCCAGUCCCAGCGGGAUCCCCGGCCGCGCCUAAUCUGCGGCUAAUGACUUCUGCGGUCCCUCACCCCACUGGGCCAGCGUGGCCUGAGUCCUCGUGGUGGGAAGAUGUGGGGAGCGAGGGGAGAUGGGAUCCGGAACCCAAGGAGUCCUGUGUUCCAGAUCGGCCCCAUGGGCCAAGAGCCAGAGACUGGAACCAAAGAUGGAAGGGGGCUUAGAAGUAAAUUCACAGAGACAGGGACCAGAAGCAGGAGAAGGGUCAAAGAGUGGCGGAGAGGCGGAGCGGAGGCAAUAACAUAACGUUGCAUCUCGGUGAGCGGGGCGGAGGCCCAAGGCCGGAGGGACAGCGGCGGCUCUGGAAAAGGAGCGCGACAGAGAAUUUGGGACCUGGCCGGGGUCACCGGAACUCAGAACAAAGGGCACAAAGAAGCAGGCGAGGGCCCGUGAGCAAAAGCGCAAGGACCAGGCGCCCCUUCCGGCGUCCUGGCUCCCCAGCUGUGCCACAGAGAACCAGAUGUGCAGCCCAGCUGUGCGGCCGCUCAAGUUUGAACCCUGGGAUUGCUUUUUGGUCCCAGAGACUGGAGAGCUGGGGUGCGCGGGUGACAGGACACGCCCUCCCUUCCUGGGCCCUGGAGGCGCGGGCUCUCUGGGAGGGCUGGGCUGCUGGAGACUCUGACAGCCCGUCAGCCCCGCUCCCCCGCCCCCCACACACAUCGCAGCGAGUCUCUGUCUCUUUGUUCUCGCCGUGUCUCUGACACUUUAUCUCAUUAUCCGCCGGAGGGAGGCGGAGAGCCCGGGACCCCGCAGCCUAAUUACAGCCGCGCUUGUCAGAGUAGGGGGCGGCGGAAGUAUCAGCGCGAAGAAAAGGGAGGGGGACCCUAGAAAGCGCCCUCUCCCUCCCUGUACCCCGACGAUCCCAGCGACGGGUGCAUAGCUCGCUCCCACCCGCGCCUUCCACAGGGCGGGCUCUGGAGGGGGAGGUGGGGGGUGCUCUGCAGGAUCGGCUGCGAGGAGGGAGGGGGUGGUGGAGGUUAUCGUGGGAGUGGGGAGAGAUAUUAGGACUUGGUUCCUACGUCCCUAAGACCCAAAUUCCCCAGAGACGGGGGCUGUGAGCCUCCCCACCCCAGCAGCAUAGCACACACCUGAGAUGGUUGAGGACAGGAGGGAAUCGCUUGCAGUUCUGUGUCUGUGUCUUGUUCUCUUUCAGCAUCUGUCUGAUCUUUCCUGUUUCUCCCACUCCAUUCCCUUCCUCUCCAUCCCACAGCCAGAGGAAGGGGAUGGCCUCCUUGGGCGGCCCCACCUUUACCCUACCCCAGGUGCAGGCAUAUGGAGAAGAGAGUCAGAGAGCAGAAACCACUUGGCUCCCAGACAAUUCCCCUACAGGCUUUGGGCCUGGAAUUGAGGAGAAAGUGAGCUAAGUCGGGGUGGGGUGAGUCCAAAGAAGCACGGGCUGGGCCAAGCUACGCUGCUCUGGGCUGGGCUGAUCCCUCCCCACUCAGGGGCGGGACCCCAGGAGGAGGGAGAGGACAGAGCCACUGGAGAGUACCAGACUGGAAAAACGAUAUGGCAGGAGCCAGUCUUGGGGCCCGCUUCUACCGGCAGAUCAAAAGACAUCCAGGGAUCAUCCCGAUGAUCGGCUUAACCUGCCUGGGCAUGGGCAGCGCUGCGCUCUACUUGCUGCGACUCGCCCUUCGCAGCCCCGAUGUCUGCCCACCUGGCCGGUCACUCCUCAGCUUGGCCCGCCCUGAAAUGCGGAACCCGCGCCUCUCCCCGCCUGGUUGCCAUGACGACGCCGCUCAGCCAGCGGCGGGCUUGGGCUUUUGGGUACCUCUAAGUCCUCACCAGAGCACUGGGGGUGUGGCCGGCUGGGACAGAAAGAACAACCCGGAGCCCUGGAACCGCCUGAGCCCCAAUGACCAAUACAAGUUCCUUGCAGUUUCCACUGACUAUAAGAAGCUAAAGAAGGACCGGCCAGACUUCUAAGCCAGGCUGGGCUGCCAGUGCCAUGCAAACCACGGACAGCCAGCCAUCCACUUCUUCCACUCCUCCCCCCAGGCCCCAAGGCGUCAGUCCGGCCACCCUGUCCUGCUCCUGCUUACACAGGCCGGGUUCCCACGCAGAGGGGAGGCUGCUCCACUCCUACUCUCCUCCCUUGCUCCCAGCAGCGGAAGCGCCUCUGACCCUUGGCUUGAGUCCCAUGUGGGGGAGGAGGAGGCAGGCAGCACCAGCAGGGGUCCACCAAAAGAGCCCAGACCAGCCCCUCUGCCCUCCUACCCGAGCCUCGAAGGGUGUGGCACAGGCUACGUGUUGAGCGUGGCCUACGUGCGCCAACAAGAAGCAGGGGCCUCUGAGUGCCAAGCGACGUGGCGGGCUCCAAGUUAGCCCAGGCUCUGGGAGCCAGCCCAGGGGCGGCGCUGCUCAGCUUGGGCUGGUCCAGGGCCUGCCCAGGCUGGGGGACCUUUGCCUCCCGAGGUGCAGCGCACUCCUCCCCUGCCCAAGCCUACUGCCUCCCGCUGCCACCAGUGCCCCCUCCAGCCCCACACCUGGGCCUCCCCCUGCCGCUCCCCUCCCUUGCUCCCCUCUGUCCCCAGGGAUCAAACAGAGGCAGCCGUGGGCAAAAUACAAUUUCAUUUAACAAAUUGAA